AUGUCAUUCUUCGGCAUCUCCUUCAAAGUGAGGGAAGCAGGCGCUCUUCGUCGCCGUGCUGAGCACUCGUCCUCUGUCGCCGCCGAGAGACAUGCCGCCAAGGCAACAUCUGCCAUCGCCUCGCCCAACGGCAGCCAUCACGCCAACAUCAAAGCUACUACCACCACCCACACCACCACCACCACCACCACCACCACUACUACCACUACUAAGGCGCACCAAAAGCCUACCCAACAAGUCUCCCUCCCCAAGAACGAGCACACCAAUGGCAUUACCAGGGGUGUUGGCAUCCUUGCUGUUCCUAGCGAGGAUGAGUCUGAGGAACCACCAGCAGAGUCUGGUGAGAAGCCAUCCGAGAAACCAAGUGAGUCUGGCGAGUCCGGUGAGUCUAGUGGGACGCCAAGCGAGGAUGAGGGUGGAGAAUCCAAGCCUCCAGUCAAGGUUGAGCUCCCAGCUGUACUUCCGGUCGAGGCUGAACCCUCAGUUGGUGAACCCAAGCCCACAGACACCACUACUGGCACUGCCACUGGUUCAGAUUCCGACACCGCUACUACCACCGCUACUGCCACGGAUACUACCACCGCUACUGCCACCACUACUGUCACGGAUACUGCCACGGAUACUGCCACCGCUACUGCCACGGGCACUGCCACCGCUUCUGACACUGGUACCCCCACAGUGACGGAUACUGCCACAGCUACAGCUACAGCUACAGCUACAGCAACUCCAACUUGUACUAUCACCUGUACCGAGUCCCCCUGCAGCACCACUGUUUGCCCCACAGCCACCGCUACCCCCACAGACACGGUCAGUCCUACCGAUACUGUCACCCCCACAGCUACGGUCAGUCCUACCGAUACUGUCACCCCCACAGCCACGGUCAGUCCUACCGAUACUGUCACCCCCACAGCCACGGUCAGUCCUACUGAUACUGUCACCCCCACAGCCACGGUCAGUCCUACUGAUACUGUCACCCCCACAGCCACGGUCAGUCCUACCGAUACUGUCACCCCCACAGCCACGGUCACUCCUACCGAUACUGUCACCCCUACUGCCACGGACACUCCUACCGAUACCGUAACCCCCACAGCCACGGUCACUCCUACGGAUACCGUCACCCCUACUGCCACGGACACCCCUACCGAUACCGUAACCCCCACAGCCACGGUCACUCCUACGGAUACCGUCACCCCUACUGCCACGGACACCCCUACCGAUACCGUAACCCCCACAGCCACGGUCACUCCUACGGAUACCGUCACCCCUACUGCCACGGACACCCCUACCGAUACCGUAACCCCUACUGCCACGGACACUCCUACCGAUACUGUCACCCCUACUGCCACGGACACCCCAAGCCCUACCGAUACCGCAACCCCCACUGUCACGGAUACUCCAACUGACACUGCCACCCCAACUACAGACGUGCCUACGACAGCUCCCACCACCGACGUCCCAAGCCCUACCGAUACCGCAACCCCCACUGUCACGGAUACUCCAACUGAUACUGCCACCCCAACUACAGACGUGCCUACGACAGCUCCUACUACCGACGUUACUGUGCCUGUGACGAGUAUUUCUGUUAGUAUUACAGAGUCUCCCCCACCUGAAGUGACUACCGAGACGAUUGCUCCCAUCAGCCCUACCUCGGAGAUCGUCCCCAGCACCACCAGUCUUCUCAUCACCACCUCCGAGAACACUCAGCCUAUUUCCACCCAAACGACGCUCUCCUUGACCGUUAUCAGUGGGACCAUCUACACCAUCGACCCCAACGGCACUAUUCUUCCCAACCAACCCGGCGGAAACAAUGGAGGCAUUGGCAGCGACGAUGGACUGAGCGGAUCAGGCUCGUCCAAGGGAUUGAGCUCUGGAGCCACUGCAGGAUUGGCUGUCGGAAGUAUUGCAGUCUUGGCCUUGAUCGCUGGAGCCUUCUUCUUGAUCUUUAGACGCCAGUCUCGCCGUCUUGAGAACCCCAACAACCGUUUCGUUUCUCGUUCGGCGGCUGCUGGAGCUGGAGCUGUUGGAGCUGGAGAUGACCUCGGACAUUUGUACGGCUCUCGUCAGCCCGAGGGCACCGGCUCGCACGGCUCUCAUGGAUCUGUCCGCCAUCUUGGCGGUGGUGGAGCUGGUCACAUUGUUGUCGCGCCCGAGAUGAUGGAGCACCCUGCCAACCGCUCGAACCACAACUUGCAUUCUGGACCGAUGGCCUUUGGAACUAACGCUGCGCUGGGAGCAUCGUCAGGACUGGCGGCUGUUCAUGCCCAUGAUGGAUACCACGAGUCGAGCUCGGAUGGUCGCGAGAUGUCGUCGAGCUAUGGCGCCAGUGGUGGAAGUGCGCCUGGAGACAACACAGGCAGUGCCGCCGGUGGCCACAGCAAUCCGUUCGGUACCGCGACUGGCUCCGUUCCUUCGAUGCAGGGCCAUCACCAGGGCUCACCCUCCGGAGGCUCUGGUUCCCCGCAGAGUCAGAAGGGUAGCAUCCACUACAUUUAA